AUGGCGGUCUUUACCCACGACAUCGUCCCUGAUGGAGAUCUUUAUGCUGUCCUGAAGAAAGCCAACACAGCGCGUACUAUUCCAAGCGUCACCGUCCACUGUUCUAAUCAUGCUCCUCCUGAGGCCUCGCUGGAUAGUACUGAUGUGAACCUCCCCGAGACAUCAUCUGGGCUCGAGCUCCUCAGUGUCAAAGAAAUGGAUACCUUGGAGUAUCGAUUUCGAGUCUCUUCUCGUCAUUUGACCCUCGCCUCUCCAUUCUUCAGAACUAUGCUCAAUGGGUCCUGGAAGGAAUCAGCACCAGCUGGAGCGACCCUCGUCGAGGCGACACCUACCGACAAGACUCCGAGUAAGGUCGAAGCUUUCACAGAGACAUCAGAAGAAGUCCCCAAAGUCUCCGCCCUGCGUGAGAUCUCGACAGAAGGUUGGAAUGUACAUGCCUUCCUCACAGUACUCAGAAUCAUACAUGGUUUCAACUACCUCGUGCCAGAAGCCGUCAGUCUCAGCUUCUUUACCGACGUGGCUGUCAUUGUCGACUAUUAUGAGUGCGCUGAAGCCGUGGCUCCUUUUGCGAAGCUUUGGGAGCCCCCAUUUCGCUCGUCCGGCAGGGUGUUGCUUCAAGGAAGAACGCCGAUCAUGUGGUUAUGGAUUACCUGGGUUUUUUCUUGGGAGUCUGAGUUCUCCAGAAGAUGUUACAUAUGGGCGCGUAGCAGUCAAGGCAUGGAUCUUGUUGACACCCAUGACCUCCCCGUUGCUGAGCUUCUUAAAAAGCUGGAGAAGAAGAGACAGUGGUCUUUUGAUCUUUUCACAGCCAAGCUGGUUUCACUGCGGGCUAAUCUUCGGGAAGACCUUGUGCGCUGCAAUAGUAAAUGCACAUGUAUGCUACUCGGUGCACUUGAUGCUGCUGAGGACCGGAUGCAGAAGAAGUUUGGGAUUUCUGGCCCACCAUACUCUGGGGUGCCUAUGAUGGAGAUUGAUACCUUCUGGGAGGAUAUUGAUUCACCUGAUUGUCGCGACUCUUCUGAAAGCAAACGAGGCCAUCCUCGUUGCAGUCUCGAUUUGCUGAUCAGGCCAACUUUCGAUCAUAUCGUCGAAGCGUUCGGCAGGAUCAAGAUCACUGACUUUCAAGCUAAGAGGAGGAAAGGUACACGAAAGGAUGAACUGCGAUCAGAGGUCUUGGUAAAACGAAAGCCCGAGUAUGAGUCCUGGGAUCUUGUCGUAGUUCUCAAGGAACCCAACUCCGCAAAUCUGACUUUAGAUGUGUCAAUUCGAGAAUCUGGAACUGUCCUUAGAAAGAAUGGCUACCAAAACGACAAGGAUGUUCUGAACCUUCCCAAAGUCAAAUCUAUCCUCCCAGCUGUUGAAGGAUCUGGGUCAGACAAAGAGCCUGUUGAAGUACACUUCAGAGUUUCAUCUCAGCAUAUGAAGCUGGCUUCCCCCAACUUCGAACGAAUGCUGAAUGGCCCAUGGAGUGAGUCAACCUCUACGCCACCGUCACGGGCUGGACUAGGAUCUCUCGGGCCUUGCACUGAGAUCUACGAUGAUGCCUACGAAAGAUUCCCUCCACGCUCCGCCACUUGCACCUCUUCUUCGCCUCUUUCAACCCGCGAAGUCAACGCGCACGGCUGGAGCCCGGAGGCACUACUCCUGGUUCUCAAAGUCAUCCAUGGAAUGAACGAUGAGUUUCCCUUGGUGACUAGUAUCGAGUUCCUUGUUGAAGUGCUUGCUGGAGAAGUCUGGCACCAAACAAUGUACCGCUUCCCACUCGCAUACGGGAAGCGCUGUGUCCUGUGGCUGUUCAUCGCUUGGGCCUUCGGCUGGAAAGAUGAUUUUUCUAAGCUGGCUUCCUUUGUCAUCGAGCAUGGGGAGGGUUUGAAACUUAUCAAGUCAAAUGAGCACUCCGUCAACGUGAUUCUCGGCACGCUCGACAACAAGAGACAAGAGUGUAUCGCCAAGAUCAUCACACGAUUGAAUGAGCUGACUGAUGAACUUCUGGAUGGCCGUGCUGGUUGUGGUCACAGGUGUUCCUCCAUGCUGUUGGGAUCAUUGCUGUGGGAAAGAAAGAGUCUCCCCCUCCUUGACCCAGCUCUACAAAGCCCUUACACAGGGUAUUCUGUCUAUGAGUAUUCAAAGAAGAUCUCUGCUUUUCGUGUAAUGGAUUGGGGAUACAUGGGUUGUGGGCAGUCUACUACAGCACAUAGGUGUACCAUCAUUGCAUUGAUGGAGCCGCUCCUGAAGGCGAUUGAUGAUGAUAUCAAGAACUUCGAGAUCUCAAAAGCUGGUUAG